AUGCCGGUUACUAAAUCUUUAUCUAAGUUGCAAAAGAACUUUUCUAAGAAGGGGAAGAAUAUUACGGUUCAUCCGAAGGGUAGAAAAUAUGAAAAGCUGGUCAGGGCCACCAUGCGUGAAGAUAAAAUCGCUGCCAAAAAAAAGCUUCAUCAAGACAAAAGAGUCCAUGAACUGGCUCGAGUGAAAUUUAUGCAAGAUGUGGUUAACUCUGAUACAUUCAAAGAGCAACCAAUAUUUGAUCACGCCCACACAAGAGAAUUUAUUCAAAGUUUCAUUGAAAGAGAUGAUGUGGAAUUAGACGAAUUAAAAAGAAAAAGAAGGUCAAACAGACCACCAAGCAAUAGACAGGUGCUACUGCAACAAAGGAGGGAACAAGAGUUAAAAGAAUUUAAGGCGGGGUUUCUCUGUCCAGAUUUGAGUGAUGCGAAAAAUAUGGAAUUUCUCAGAAACUGGAAUGGUACUUUUGGCCUUUUGAAUACUUUAAGAUUGAUUAGAAUUAAUGAUAAGGGUGAACAAGUUGUGGGAGGAAACGAAUAA